AUGUCUGCCCCCAACCAGAACCAACCUGGCCUCGUAGCCAGCCACGCGCAAUACGUCAAAGGCGCUGCAGAAGAAACAAUCGGCAACGUCACCGGCAGCGAAGCCUGGAAGUCCUCUGGGGCUCAAGACAAAGAGCAUGCGAUUGGCGAUAUGAAGGCUGCAUCAGCGAAUAGAGAUCCGUCAACGCAGGGAAUGGGGGGUCUGGAGGAGAAGGCAGGGAAUUUGGUGGGGUGUGAGGGGAUGCAGAAGGAAGGGGCUGAGAGUAAGAAAGAGUAG